ACGCGGCGAGGAUGAGCUCCUUCCUCGAGUACCCCGUCCUCGGCGGGGAGCCGGGGGGCUGCGCCGCCCGCGCCUACCACCCCGACCACGGGAUUACAACUUUCCAGCCCUGCGCCGUCAGCGCCGGCAGCUGCAGCGGGGAGGACCGCUUCCUCGCGGGCCGCGGGGUGCCCAUCAGCCCCCACCGCCACCAUCACCACCACCCCCCGGCACAGCCCGCUGCCUACCAGCACCACGGCGGCCUGGGGGUGUCCUACGCGCACCCCGGCUGCGGCCCCACCUACGGCGCCCAGGGCUUCGGAGCGGGGUACAGCCCCUACCCCCUCGGGCAGGACGCGGAGCUGGGGGGCGGCUUCCCCCCCUGCGCCCCCGCCGUCUACUCGGGGAGCAUCUCCUCCUCCGCCGCGCAGCACCCGCACCAGGGCUACGCGGGGGGCCCCGCUCAGUACGUGCCUCCCCCCUACGGGCAGGAGCAGCAGAGCCUGCCCCUGGGCACCUACAACCAUGCCCUGUCUCCCCUCCACGCCGGCCACCGGGAAAACGCCCGCUCCCCCUCCGCCGAGACCUCGCCGCCGGCGCAAACCUUCGACUGGAUGAAAGUGAAAAGAAACCCACCCAAAACAGGCAAGGCUGGCGAGUACGGCUUCGUGGGGCAACCCAGCACCGUCCGAACUAACUUUACCACCAAGCAGCUCACCGAGCUGGAGAAGGAGUUCCAUUUCAACAAGUACCUGACCAGGGCCAGGCGGGUGGAAAUCGCCGCCUCCCUCCAGCUCAACGAGACGCAGGUGAAGAUUUGGUUCCAGAACCGGCGGAUGAAGCAAAAGAAACGGGAGAAAGAGGGGCUGCUGCCCAUCUCCCCUGUCACCCCCACGGGCUGCGAGGAGAAGGCAGAGGACUCCUCGGAGAAGUCCUGCUCGUCGCCCUGCAGCGACUCACCUGCCUCCUCCGCCUCGGACACGCUCGCUGCCUCCAACUGAGACCCGACGUGCCCCGACGGCCGCCCGUCGCGAUGCCCCUGUCACCGCAGAUCGCGUCCCUUCGCCGCGGUUAUUUCGGUCCGUCGGUCGGUCCGUCGGUCGGUCUGUCUCUCCCCAAGAGGUCCCGGCGGGCCAGACCCCCCACCCCCGCCAGCCACCGCCCGGCCCCGGGGUUGCCGGUUUCACCACCCGCCCGCUUCCCAGCUGCCGGCACCUUGGUGCCAAGAGAUUUUCUUUCGCCCCUCGAACCCUUUUCUGCUGGAGGAGCUGUGUUGGCACACACGUAAGGGUUUCCCUCCUCAGCUGCAAGGACGCUCCUCUGAGUUUCCCUGAGCGAAAGACAGGUGAUCUAGGGUACAUAACCUCAUGAAGAGAUGCACUAUUGCAAGUGUUUACACGACUAAUAGGACUUUCAUCCCCUUAAUUUAACGUAUUCUUCGUUCGUGUCUAUGAGUUUGUUGCUUGUAAAUACUUUGUCCCAGAGAUUUAUCUUUUUACAGAUUUUUCUAGAAAUGACAUUUCGAUUAUCAGGUUAAGCAGGGUGAGUGCAUUCGCCAAACUGGGUCCACUUUUAUAUUGGUAAAGUCGAUGACCAUGUAAAGUAAACGUCUUAAGCUCAAGCAGAUACCUCAAAAAAAAGCAGCGUUAUUUCUUUAAAUGUGACAAGAAAAGGCUUCAAUUGCACUAGGUUUUGUAAACCUUACUCGGUGUGCUUGCCCCCACCCCCCAAAAAACUUCUGGAUUAUACUCAGCCAAAGGGUAUAACUGUCCAAAAGACCUCACCUCUUCCUAUUUUCACACUAACCCUUCUUUAGACUCGAUGUCUUUUCAGCCUACUCGUGAAUGUGACAAAUGGCCAAAUGAAUGUAUAAUUUCUGUGGUUGGUGUCUGGACCAUUGCAUGACGCACCGUGCUUUGCUGUGCUGCGGGUACACUGAGUUCUAUCAGUUAUCGUGUGUGAGCAAAAUGUCCUCCUGAUUUUCUGUACAAUCAUAAAAGGCUCUGGGAUUCCACUGGUGAUGGAAGCCAGGGCAGGAUUUACGGGUCCUUAUAAUGUCUGUAAUAAAUAUAUUCCA